AAGCAUCUGCACUUUUUGUUUUGUUGAUAACCAUAGAUAGGGUGGUAGCUAUCAAAUUUCCCUUUUCAAGACGUAAUAAGGUGUUGGUGAUAGGAUCAUCUGUAUUGGCAUGGAUUAUUGCUAUUUCUUUGUCUUUGCUUCCUGUAUUGCCAUUUAAUUUGUCAAUGUUUGAAGACUUUUAUGCACAAUCUCCUGUUUGUAUAUCUCUGCCAUUAUCAGUCCAUAGGCAGCUUGGUUGGCAAUAUUCAAUGAUUAUUUUCAUUGGCUUAAAUUUCCUUAUAUUUCUUGGCAUCAUUUUUGGACAAUUUCUUAUCCUGUAUGAAGUAAUAAAAUCCGGAAGCAAUAGUCAGGCCUCAAACAUACGUCGAAGGGAGGUAACUCUCGCCAAGUCUGUUGUAGCCUUGGUUGUCACUGAUCUUCUUUGCUGGAUACCUAUAGGAAUAAUCGGAAUGUUGACCUUUUCCGGAACAGAUGUGACACUGGAAAUCUACGCUUGGAUCAAAGUGCUUGUUUUACCUGUAAAUUCUGCAAUUAAUCCGAUUCUUUACACACUGACUGCUAUAAUACGGAACAGGGGACGCCAUCGGGUUAGUGAAAGCAAUCUACAAAGAGAAAAGGAGUUGCUAGGUCAGGAAAUCUCUCGACUGAAGAUAGAAUUGAAAACUCUUAAAGAAAAUACUUAAAAAGUCACAUGAUAGGACAACAAAAAUGACCUGAAGAAAUUGUUUUUCGCUUCUUAUGUAUACAUCUUUUAUAUGGAGUUGAAUGUCAUUUAUUUCAUUUGGCAUACUAUAUCUUUU